AUGCAAGCAGAUUUUGUGCAAGCCAGCGAAACAGAAUUUGUCACGGAGAUACGCGAUGCCGGCUUGAUCAAUCAUGUUGUUGUUUUUCUGACGGGUAUUUCGCCUUUUCCGGAUGGUACUGGCGGAGCCGUAUAUAUUCGUUGGCCACAGCUCGGCGUGGAAACAAACUGGCAUUAUCUUGGGUCCAUAUCAAACAAUAAGCCAAGUGCUAUAUUUCGAGUUGCUCAGCUUCAUAAAAUGGACGCUGCGCAUGGUGGCCUGUUCUCGUCGAUGCGAACUCAGGCGAUGAACGCUGCUGACAGCGCUCAAAUUGGUAUAAGUGUUGAAUCGCUUACUAUACUGAAUAACAAGGAGCCAGCUGUGGGCACUACUCCCAGCCAGCAGUCAUCAUUUAUGGAAUAUGCAGAAAAAAUGGUGAAAAGUUUUGUUAAUUAUGUCAAUUCUUUUGCUGUCCGAUUACCGCGACCCGAAAAUCCGACAUUUGUUACGGAUUACAUUCCGGCAAGCGCAGUUCAGAAUUGGUGUACCAAUUUCGCGCAGCGUUUGCAACAAAAUCCAGAUUUCUGGCGGACCAUAACGUGA